UGACUUUUCGAGCAUAGGGGGUUUUUUUUUCUUAGAUAUAUAAUGAGUCUCAAGAUUCACCUCGUCCUCACUCAGCAUGUGCUACGCUUCAUUAUACUGCACUACAAUCUGCCAAAGUACCUCAAUUGCUCUGCCUCUACAAUUUCAAGAGUAACUACUGCAUCUUCCUUAUUGCAGCAUGACGACUGCUGGAACAGGGCACGAAGUUUCGCAUGAAGUGGAAGAACAGAAGUCAAUCAACCCAGCCGAUCUCGACGAAGAGACGACCACCCCCAAUUCUUCCGGCUUUGGAGAAGCGCCAGAUGGAGGCCUUCGAGCAUGGCUUGUUGCGGCUGGGGCAGCCUGCAUAUUCUUCUCCUGUCUGGGCUUCUCCAAUGCGUUCGGAGUGUUUCAAGAAUACUACAUCACACACCAGCUUCACGAGGAAUCCCCAGAUAGGAUUGCAUGGAUAGGAUCCCUCUCGGUCUUUAUUCAGUUCGCUGCAGGCUCCAUUGGAGGACCAUUAUUUGAUCGGCUUGGAGCAUGGGUCAUCCGGCCAGCUGCGGUCCUCUACAUCUUUGCCUUGAUGAUGACAAGCCUAAGUACUGAAUACUGGCAUUUCAUGCUCACUCAAGGUAUUCUGAUGGGAAUAGUGAUGGCAUUCCUCCAGUUCCCGGCGUUUGCGGCUGUGUCGCAGUACUUCGACAAAAGACGGGCAGCUGCCUUAGGUAUUGUUGUAUCUGGAUCGUCUAUUGGGGGCGUUGUCAUCCCAAUUGCUUUAGCAAAGAUGCUGAAUAGUUCUUCGUUAGGGUUUGGCUGGUCGGUGAGAGUCAUCGGGUUCCUUAUUACGCCCCUCAUGGCUUUCGCAUGUGUGGUCAUCAACGCCCGCUUACCACCACGGCAAACCCACUUCUUCAUUAGCGCGCCCUUCAAGGAAGCAAGAUAUGUUCUCUUGAUAGUCUCGUUGUUCUUCAUGUUCCUCGGCAUGUUCGCCCCCUUGUUCUUCAUCCCAACAUACGCGGUCACGAGAGGCAUGAACGCAACACUGGCCUCGUAUCUGCUAGCGAUUCUCAACGCCGCUUCUACGUUGGGCCGUAUUAUUCCUGGCAUACUGGCGGAUAAAUACGGACCAUUGAACAUCUUCGCAGUUGCGGGUGUCAUCACCGGCGUAGUCAUACUGUGCAUGGACUGGGUGGAAACCACUGCGGCGUUUGUCAUAUAUUCGAUUGUAGUUGGGUUCUUUUCGGGAACAAUCAUCUCCGGAGCUUCCGCAGCCUUUUCUCGUUGCGCAGUAGACCCCCGAGACCUAGGAACCUACAUGGGAAUGGGAAUGGCUGUGGCGUCUCUUGCAGCGUUGAUUGGCCCUCCUGUGAAUGGUGUGCUUGUCCACAGAUAUGGCGGAUUUUUACAAGUAUCCAUUUUUAGCGGCAUCAUGUGUUUGGUCGGGGGAUUUGCUGCACUUGUGAGCAAGAUGGCCACCCCCCAAGGAAUUUUAGGGAAGAUCUAAGGCUUUGUUCCUGUCUCUCUUGCGCGGGAUUGUGCCUAUAAGACUCCACUCCUGGUCAUUCCUUUAUUUUUGUUGGGGAUAUUAAAC